AUGUCUGACUAUAACAUACGGCGAGCCACAGUUCAUGACUUCGACGGCGUCAUGGACAUUGGGGACGUGUACAUGGGGAUAGACUACCUGCGCCACCGUUUCCACAUCUUCAUGGACGACCGUAACAUCAGGUCAUACGUCUAUAUCAUCGGAAAAGAGGUUGGUUUCUGCAGCAUUGCUCUCAUUGACGAUGGACUGACCUUUCUCAUACGAGCCAGUAGGGUGAAGAACGGCUUCCGAGGACAAGGGGUUUAUGGUCGCCUACUGAAACACAUUUACGCAGAAUACAAAGAUGUAGACAGCAUCAAAUACGACGCCAUGACCACCGACAAUUACAACUGUGAAGAUAAGAAAAGCCUAGAGAACGCCUAUGCAGUUAUGUGCAGAAAGACCAUCUUAAGUUACCGUUUUAAGGUUGAAGACAUUGAUCCUCCACUAAACAUGACGACUUUUCCGAAGGAGGUUAACUCAUCGACCAUGACGUCAUUAUUUGAGGACGAGAAAACCCGAGACACGCUUUUCCCUGAAGGCAAAAUAAUAAUAGACUGGGUUCCUCUCCGUCUCGUCCCAUCAAAUAUCAAAUACAUACUGGCAGUGGACACAUUUGCUCUUCAGUCAAUGGGCGAUAACUCUGAAGUGUCACUUCUCUCAGAGAGGCUGUCGGAACGACCUCUACAUCUAGUCAAUGUGGAGUGUGUUGAGAAGAUCAGCAACCCUGCAGACUCCUUCGCUUGGAUAAAGACGGCUGGCCUGAAAAAAUAA